AUGCUUGUUUUUAUCUGCGCCAUUAUAGAGGUGAAUACGACUUCGGACCUUGUUCAAGAACUUGAGGUCAUAGCAAUCAAGAUGCCUGUGAAAGAUCUGGUUGGUCAGGGUGAUUAUCGGACCGAGGAUGCGAUGGAUGUUGACUCCAAUACAAAUGUGAAUAAGGCUGCUGAUCCUGCCCAUCCGCCCUUACAAUCCACCCUUAACCAUGGACAUUUGAAGCAGUCAAACGUGUCGGAUCCCCAAAUAGAAGAAUUGAGUAUUGAUGAAGACGACCCGGCUCGACCAUCUGGGAAGAUUGACUAUACAUUUGAUGGUAUUGAGGACCCCCGCAGCUUUGAUAUAAAGAAGGAGCUUCGGCUGCUUAGCGAUCCAGUGACAAUCCGUUGCCUACCCUGGAGAAUUCUACUUGUUUUUGUUCCUGUUUGUCAGCGUUCAACAAUGGGCAUGUUUCUUCAGUGUAAUGACAAUAGCACCACCACUAAUUGGACUUGUGGUGCUCGCGCCAAACUUGAAUUGCUAUCGCAAACGAGGUCCCUCAGUAAAACGCACACUAUUAUGCACUCAUUUGCAGCAAAAGAAAAUGAUUGGGGUUAUCAGGCGUUCAUAUCAUAUGAGGAACUUUUCAAUCCUGAGAACGGCUACGUGGUGAACAAGAAAUUGCGUGCUCGCAUUCAGGUCGAGGCAGAUGCGCCACAUGGAACCGAGUGGGACUCAAAAAAGUUCACUGGUUUUGUUGGUUUGAAAAAUCAAGGUGCCACGUGCUACUUAAAUUCGGUACUUCAGGCACUUUACUGUACCAAUGCUUUGCGCAAAGCGGUCUUUCAAAUGCCCACUGAGAGUGACGAAAUAUCCACGAGCGUUCCUCUCGCUCUCCAACGCACUUUCUUUGACCUUCAGUGUUCUGAUAAGGCUGUUGGAACCGAGAAACUCACUCGAAGCUUCGGUUGGACUACUUGGGAUUCCUUUAUGCAGCAUGACGCGCAAGAACUCUGUCGUGUUUUGUUGGACAAUAUGGAGUGCAAAAUGAAGGGAACUGAUGUAGAAGCAAUAAUCCCAAAACUAUUUUGCGGCAAAAUGAUCUCAUACAUUCGCUGUAAAGAUGUGGCCUACGAGUCGAAGCGGGAGGAGCAGUUCUACGACAUCCAGCUGAAGGUGAAAGGGAAUUGUGACGUUCACGAUGCUUUUAAGGAAUACGUGCAAGUGGAGACUUUGGAUUCCGAUAAUAAGUAUGAUGCCGGAACGUUUGGCUUACAAGAUGCGGAAAAGGGAAUCAAAUUUUUGCGAUUUCCACCAGUUCUUUACUUGCAAUUAAUGCGGUUUCAGUACGAUUUUGUAUCAAAUAGCAAUGUCAAAAUCAAUGAUCGUUUCGAGUUUCCGUAUGACUUGGAUUUGAGUGAUUACCUUGUUCAAGAUGUGGAGAAUAUGGAAGAAGAGCCUAGGUACACAAAGUACUUUCUGCAGGCGGUUCUGGUUCAUUCUGGGGACCACCAUGGAGGGCACUAUGUGGUCUAUAUUAACCCUCGCGGUGAUAAUAAAUGGUAUCAAUUUGAUGACGACGUUGUAAGCAGCUGCAGACCAAAAGACGCUAUUGAAAUGAAUUACGGGAACAGUGAUGAUCCUCUCUGUCGCGCUUCCUCGAAUGCCUACAUGUUGGUAUACAUAGCAUGCGACGCCCGGGAAGAGGUUCUGUGUCCCGUGACUGAUGAUAUGAUUCCCUUUAGUCUCUCAAAUCGGUUCCAUGAGGAACACAGCGUUGAAGAGAAAGAACGGCGUGUAAAGGACCAUGCUCAUGAAUUUGCAACCAUUAACAUUCUUCUUGAUGAGGACUUUUAUGGAUUUGAGGGUCCCGAGCUCCUUCGGAUCAACGAGAUUCCCAUUCGUUCGCUUCGAAUUCACCGGCAGGAGCUGAGCGAGAGCAAGUUGAUUGAUGCCAUUGGAGAUUUUCUUCAGUGGUCGACUCAGAAAUUCCAUCUGUGGCGAGCAAUCUGUCAAAAAUCAACGUGUUGCGUAGAGUUCAGUCGGAAGAUAACGACAGAGCUAUCUUCGGAUGGCGUGCUCACCCUUUGGGCCCGGCGCCGAGAGCAAGCUAUUUGGGUUGGCGGUCCCGCUUCCGAUUGCAACCUGUGCUUCUUCAAAUACUUCGACCCUAACAUCUGCACUCUUUGCUACUGUGGCCACGCCGACUUGCCAACUUCGGCUUCUGUUGAGGCUCUUCCUGCCCUUCUGAACAAACGCGUUGGUCUCCCGCCCACAACACCACUCAUCUUUUACCGUCAGGACAACGCUCAACUACCCAAGCCCGUAGAACUAGCUGUGCUUUCACGGAAGCUCAAACAUGGAGAAAUUAUCUAUUUCCAUGUGUGUUUAUGCCAUUUCAUUUAUGCUUCCUCUUUGCAACCCAGCAGGCGGCAUCAAUGGCGUCAUGAGCUUCCGAAUGUGAGUCUACAUCUUCGCAAGGUUGCCAUCAAUGGACAUUCGCCGAGUGAGCCUCAGAAGUCCCUACCUUUGUCUGAGGCUUUUGUUCAUUACUUCGUAUCUUCUUCCUUGAUGGUGGACAUCUUACUGGUGGAUAAAUUGCGCAAGUCCGAUCCUGGAAUUCUAAUUCGAGUGUCACCAGAGUUGUCAUACUGGGAGUUUGCGAAGCUCGCUGCUGGUUACCUCUCAGGACGAUUGGAUCACCUUCAGUUCUUCGCAUCUCACCCUCCUCCGACAUCUGGCACUGGUGUCAACGCAGCUGCUAACAAGACUUCUAAUGUUUCCGCACAAGAUCUUCAUGUCACUGCAACAAAUCCAUCUCCUCUCUCGGGCGACCCAGGAAAUGGGAACAGUUUUUCACCGAGCGGUGGCGCAUCUCUGGUAUCCGAACAGUCACUUGCUGCCAAGGCUUCAGGUUUUGCUGGUGCUUCCGCUAAUUUGAUUAGCGCUCUGGCUUCAGCUGCCCACCAAGGCCUUGUGCGCGAACCACCUGGUCCACCGGUUCCGUCGGGGACGAAGGCAAAUCUACGUGACUUUCUUUCGCUUCCCUCUACUGUCUCUGCGAUCACAGUUCAAUGCACUACCCCAGCCAGUGUAGCGUCACAAGAUCGUCCCUCCCUUUGUGUAUCGCGCUAUUCUAGUAUCCCUAGGGCUAUUCCCUCUCCCUUCAGCAAUCACACCUUACAUGUGCCGGCCCCUCGCCGCGUUUAUUAUGCACACACGGCCUUGCCAGUGAGUCAGUUGGAGUGCCUAAAGCAAAUCCAAGUGGCCUUUUUCGGUCCUAAACUCACCGACCGCCUGGACUUGGGGCUUUCCGUUCCUAGCAGUGGAACUGUGACCGACAUCUUGGCUGAGGUUCGGUCACACAUCACCUUGAGUGGAUCCGGAAAACUUCGUCUAAUGGAGAUCAGACUGAAUCGAAUUUUCCAAAUCUACGAAGAAAAUUAUCCUCUGGAGAGGAUCGAUGAUGCGAUGAUGGUGCUUCAGAGUGAUAUUAAUGAAAAUCUUCGAACUGGCUUGAGAGUGGAGGAGGUGCCUCAAGAUGAAGAAAAUUUGCAGCAAGACGAUUUGGUGAUUAAUGCUGCGCAUUACAAUAAGGCCUUGAAUGAUACGUUUGGUGUACCGUUUACCGUGAGGUUACGGAACGGCGAGUCGUACAGUGAUGUUAAGAAGCGAAUCCGGGAACGUCUUGACGUUGUGAAUGACAAGGAGUUCGACGCUUGGAACUUCGCUCUUGUCUUCCGCAACAAAUUCAUCGCUAUUCCAGAUGAGAAUAGUGUAUAUGUGGAUACUGUUGCUCUCACUCGAGACACUUGCUUAGGGCCAAAGCCCUGGCUCGUGUUAUUCUCGCUUCAUGUUCCUAGAAUGGUCCUCUCUACUGCCACAAAGGAGGGUGUUGACGCCUCAAUCUCCAAAUAUGAAGGAAAAUGGUCGAUUGAGGUUCCUUUAACUAGCGCUGUUGAAAACGACUAUUGCCUCGUGUUGAAAUCAGAGGGUAAACAUCAUGCUAUUUCGGUGGAUCUGGGGCGCGAUUUCGCGUUCGAUAAGGAUGAGUUUGUUGUUCAGUACGAAGUGAAGUUUAUGAAUAAGCUUACCUGCGGUGGAGCUUACAUCAAACUGUUAUCCGCCUCUCCAAACCUUAAUUUGCUUCACUUUAUAUUCCGCCAUGAAAAUCCAAAAACAGGUGUAAUCCAAGAAAAGCAUAUGGAUAAACCAACUACGACACUGGAGUCUCUUUUCACAGAUGGAAAGACGCAUUUAUUUACUUGUGUUACUCGAUUCGAUAACUCUUUCGAAGUGUAUGUCGACCAAUCCCUAAUAAAAUCAGGGAACCUUCUCAGCGAUUUUACGCCUCCCGUUAACCCACCAGCUGAAAUUAAUGAUCCGAAUGAUAAGAAACCGGAAACGUGGGAUGAAAGGGAAAGAAUACCCGACCCUGAUGCGAAGAGGCCCGAUGACUGGGAUGAAUCGGCUCCGCAAUUUAUUAUCGAUGAGGAUGCGACUAUGCCUGAGGGUUGGCUCGCAGACACACCGAAACUGAUUCCUGAUCCCAAAGCAGAAAGGCCAUCCGAUUGGAAUACGGAAACUGACGGAGAGUGGGAAGCUCCCAUGAUCGAUAAUCCUGAUUGUCAGUCUGCUCCUGGAUGCGGGCCAUGGGAAAAACCCAAGAAGUUGAAUCCAAACUACAGGGGCAAAUGGUCUCCUCCCAUGAUUGCCAAUCCCAAAUUUGAUGGUAUUUGGAAACCCAAGAGAAUCCCGAAUCCCGAUUAUUUUGAAGAUAAGCAUCCCUACCGUAUGGCCCCCAUUCGCGCUCUUGGCUUGGAACUCUGGUCAAUGACAGCAGAAAUUGCAUUUGACAAUUUUUACAUCGGUACUUCGAAGAAGGGUGCCGAUAAAUUUGCUGCGGAAACUUGGGUCCUCAAGCAAAAGGCCGAGGAACAAUCAAGGGCCGAUGGAAGAAGUGUGUUUAAUGCCGCUGUUGAAAUGAUUUCUGAAAAACCGUGGCAUGCGGCAGCAUGCAUAGCAAUUGGUCUCCUUUCCUUGGGCCUCUUCUUCUGCUGGUGCUGUCGCUCACCUGUCGCAAAAGAUGAUGCUGAUUACAAGAAGACUGACGAACCUGUACCCGACAGCAGUCCAGAGGAAUUCGACUUAAAUGUUAGCACGGAAGUUGAUGCUGAAAGGAGCGGAAGCGAUGUCGAUAAAGGCGAGGAGGAGCAAGAGGACGAAGAUGGUGGUGAUGCUGAUGAAGAGCAGGAGGUAGAGGAGGAGUUGACCAAACCUUUAACCACUCGUCAAAGAACUCGCAAGGAGUAG